AUGUCCAACCAGUCAGGUAUUGAAGCCGGAAAGGAGCUCAUUCAAUCUUUCAGCAGGUUCUACCAAUCCGGAUCUCGUGCCCUUACACUCAAGAUCCAGAAUGAACAGAUUGUCGUAGACAAGCUUAUUGAGGGAACAUCCUCAUUCAACCAAGACUUCGCUUUGAUUCGAGAAGCAUUGUCUGACGUAGAGCCAAGAUAUGUUAUUAUAAAGAAUGAUGAAAUUGACAAGCACACGUUUAUCUCGUAUGUUCCCGACAACGCAAAGGUCAGGGACAAGAUGUUGUAUGCCUCCACUAAAACGACAUUGAUCCGGGAGUUGGGUUUAGAAUAUUUUUUUCCCAUUGCAUUUGUCAGUGACUUGGACGAAGUUUCGUACGAAGGAUGGCAAGCCAUCAGAGCUCACGAGUCCGAGCAGCAACCAUUGACCCAAGAGGAGGAGUCCCUCAAAUUGGUAAAAGACAUUGAAGAUCUCAAUUUAUUAAAGGGCGGGGGAACCUCUAGAAAAUUCAACCUUGCUGGAUUUUCAGAAGUUCCCAGCCAAAGUACUGAAGUUGCAUUUGAAGUGGAAGACGAAGUCAAGGAGGCAAUUUUAAAUUUGAAGAAUAAUCAGGCAAUUUCCGCAACAAUUUCUAAUGAAAGAGUCGUCUUACUUUCCUCUAAAUCUCUUUCGAAUCCGAAGGAACUGACGGAGUUCAUUUCGUCUGCACAUCCUUCUUAUGCCAUUCAUCAGGGCGAUGAAGGCACAUCUUUCAUCUACGCCUGUCCCUCUGGUUCCAAGGUGAAAGACAGAAUGCUUCAUGCUACAAACAAGAAAGGGUUUACCAACUUUCUUAAGGCCAAUGGAAUCAACCUAGACAAAAUCAUAGAGAUAAACGAUGUUGACGAGCUGGAUCUUUAUUACACUGAUUCCAAACCAGAAGCUUCAACCAUUGUCCAUGAGAAGACACGCUUUACAAAACCUAGGGGUCCUCGUAGAAGAUAA